UGACGACGAGCGCGCAUGUUUAGCCAAAAAAUGUCGGCGAACAGAGAUCUGUGCCUGGUGGGUAUUGCCCUCUUGGCCAUUGCGGGAUUUGCCCAGGCUGCUCCUCCCUUGGGACGUGUGGUCAACGGCACGGACUCCAGCGUGGAUAAAUAUCCUUUUGUGAUUUCGCUGCGUGGUUCCAAGGGCUCCCAUUCCUGCGGUGGCUCUAUCAUAUCCAAGCAAUUUGCGAUGACCGCUGCCCAUUGUACCGCUGGACGCAAAGCUACAGAUCUGUCUGUCCAGUUUGGAGUGACCAAGAUUAAUGCCACCGGUCCGAAUGUUGUGCGCGUGAAGAAAAUCAUCCAGCACGAGGACUACAACCCGUAUAAUAACUACGCCAAUGAUAUUUCUUUGCUGUUGGUGGAGGAGCCUUUCGAGUUGGAUGGAGUUGCAGUUGCCGCUGUUAAGUUACCCGAUCUUUCUUAUGCCACGCCCCAAACAGAUGCCGGCGGCGAGGGCGUUCUCAUUGGCUGGGGACUCAAUGCGACUGGCGGCUCUAUCCAGACUACUCUGCAGGAAGUGGGUUUGAAGGUCUACUCCGAUGCGGAGUGCGAAAGCCGACAUGAAGGUCGUACCGAUCGCAGAUACCACAUCUGUGGGGGCGUGGACGAGGGCGGCAAGGGUCAGUGCAGCGGAGACUCCGGUGGUCCGCUUAUCUACAAUGGCCAGCAGGUUGGCAUCGUGUCCUGGAGCAUCAAGCCCUGCACUGCGCCCCCUUAUCCGGGUGUCUACACCAAGGUCAGCCAGUACAUUGACUGGAUCAAGAAGAACCAAAUCAUAUUGGCAGGGGAGCAUAUUGCCUCAAAAAUGUUGUCGAAUCAAGAUCUCAGUCUGGCGGUAGUCGCUCUCUUGGCCAUUACUACAAUCGCCCAGGCCGCGCCUACUUUGAGAGUCGUCAACGGCACGGACUCCAGUGUGGAAAAGUAUCCCUAUGUGGUAUCUCUGCGUAGCUAUGAUGGAUCCCAUUCCUGCGGGGGCACAAUUGUUUCCCAGCAGUUUGUGAUGACUGCCGCACAUUGCACCAAUGGGCGAUCUGCAGAGUCGCUAUCGAUUCAGUAUGGAGUGACCAAUAUUAAUGCCACCGGUCCGAAUGUGGUGGGCAUAAAGAGAGUUAUCCAGCACACAGACUUCGAUCCCACGCGGCAAAAUGCCAAUGAUAUUUCGCUGCUGAUGGUGGAGGAACCCUUCGAGUUUGAUGGCGUUUCGGUGGGUCCAGUGGAAUUGCCACCCCUGGCCUUUGCCGUUCCCCAAUCGAGUGUCGGAGUUGAGGGCGUGCUCCUCGGAUGGGGUCUAAAUGAGACCUAUGGCAGUGUACAGGACACCCUGCAGGAGGUGUCCUUGAAGAUCUACUCGGACGAGGAGUGCACUACGCUCCAUGGAGGAAAAACUGAUCCCCAAUAUCACAUCUGUGGGGGCGUGGACGAGGGCGGCAAGGGUCAGUGCAGCGGAGAUUCGGGUGGUCCCCUCAUCUACAAUGGUCAGCAGGUGGGAAUUGUGUCAUGGAGCGUUAAACCCUGCACCGUGGCCCCUUAUCCGGGUGUCUACUGUAAGGUGAGCCAGUACGUUGACUGGAUCAAACAGAGUCAAAUCAUAUUUGCUACUUAGUCACAAAGUACGCAA